GUCAUUUGGCUGACAGACGCACAAACGCUGCAGCGCUGGUCCUCCCCAUCAUUCAUCCAUCUCUACUCCGACCAGUCAUGAAUAUCAUCUGGCUUUGCAUCACAUUAGCGUUGACUUUUACAUCAGUCUUCUCUGAAGAAAAUACUGACAUAAGCCACAUCCGAGUUUUCCCAGCAGAAAACCAAAGUAUUGCCGGAGUGCUUCAGGUUACCUCCUUAAAUUACCUCAACCAGCCUCAGUACGCCUUCAAUGCCUCUGAAGCUCGGAGGAUCUGCUUGUCUCUCGGACUGAGCAUCGCCACAAAAGCACAAGUGGAGAGAGCUCUCAGCAGAGGCUUAGAGACAUGCAGGUUUGGAUGGAUUGAUGAACAUUUUGCGGUCAUCCCCCGCAUCCAGGCACUUGUUAAUUGUGGGAAAAACCAGACAGGCUUGGUGCCAUGGAGAGCUUCUGUAACACAGAAGUUUGAUGUGUUUUGCUUCAAUGAAUCAGAUGCAGCGGAACAAUUGAAGGAUGAAACAACUGAUAGCCCUUUGAGCAGCAGGUACAACUCAGGAAAACCUCAGUCUCCAACUCGAGCAACAAAUUCCACCCUGACAGAAAACUCGACAGCUUCUUCCUCCCUUCUUCCUUCUUCCUACUCAACUCCUUACAGCAUAGAUGUUGCAGAACAACCAGCCCGUUUUGUCGGCAGUGCACAAGGCUCAUCCGGAGGAAAGGCUGUACUCAUCACCUGCACCUGUGCCUUCCUCCUGACUGCAAUAAUCAUCUUUGCAUACCUAAAAUUGAGAAGACGCUGCUCUCUGAGCUCUGACAUGGAAAAGCCCGAGGAGUACAUCCAGACAGAAGAGUGGACAAUUGUGAAGAAUACUAAGGAAACCAAGAAAGUGAGUCAGAAAGAUGAGAGGACAGCAGUGGACGACAAUGCAUGUUGAACAUUUUACUCGAGAGAUUUUUUGAGGAAACACACCAUGAAAAAAAUCUGAGUGACGACUUUAUUAUGGAUGAAGAUUUGUGCCUUAUUUUGUGUGAAAGUAUUGUAACAGAAUGACUGUAAAGUGAAUUUAUUUUGCAUGUAUGCGUUUAUUAUUUUCUGUCAUGUGAUGUAAAUAAAUGAUGCAAUUCAACCACCAGA